AUGGGCAGUAUAGGAGAAGAUGAUCCCUAUUCGUGGGACAUCAACGUUGUAGUUCAACGGCUUUGUGUUUUGGGAUGGGCGUGGAGUGGAGACAUUGACUCUCUCGCAACGCGCAUUCGCGAAGAAGAAAUUGAUGGCAAAACUCUAUUAACAUUUGAGCAUGUGUGCUCGCGUCAGGAGUUGAUGGAUUGUUUACAUAUCAAGAAGGCUCGUCACAAGGCCGCAUUUGCGGAAGUCAUUGUCACACUUCGAUCAAAGAGCAAGGGGUAUUGGCUAUGGGAGCAGGAUUUCAAGCGAAAAAGGUCCAGCUAUUGGGACGAGCAAGUCGAAGAACGAACAAUCUGUACAAAAGAUCGCGCCGAUUCCUCCAACUUGCCGAGUGGUGGCCAUCAAAAACAAGGUGAAACAUCCACUCUAGCUUCCGCCUCGAAUGCGACACUCCACAGCGCGGAUGAGAGAAUAACACAAGAGCAUGCGAGCACGAACCAGAUGUCGGGAUUGCAAAAAGACUCUCAGCCCAAUUCUGUCGGGAAUUCUAAUCCGCCACUCAUUCACGAACGUCCCACCCAAGGCACAGAGAGUGACGAGAGAUCAACUAAACGCAGACGAAUGGCGCCUACGCUUCUGGAAGAAAAACCACUCAACAUCGCCGGCGCCUUCCUCCCCACAGAAGCCGAUGUUCUUACCUACGCGGCCGCUAAUGCAAACUUGGUUUCUGAAAAAGCCUUUCCCUGGGAAGAUGCACCAGCAUAUGCUUAUCUAGGCGACGGCAAGGUCUCACCAGAGGCCAUCAUAUCACCCGAUAACGCAUUGACCUCUCUAGUCAGAGAACACAAAGACUCUUUCGAUUCAAUUAGUUUGCGCAGGAUACCGCCUGCAAGGAGACUUGUUGUCAACAAGGCCUUGAGGCGGCUUUUUACAGGCCGCUACCGAAUACCCCAACACUCUUCAUCAUCGCCGAGUGUUCUCUAUGAUCCGGACGACGAAAUCUUAGAGCUAGCAGAGCUGGGUGGUGUUGGUGACGAAACCGACGACAAGACAUGGGACGAAGUUGAGAAGGAAGAAUCCGAGUAUAAAAAUGCACUUCACAAUGGCGGCGAAUCCAAUGCUCUAGUCACCCCCGAACGGAUUGCUGAAGUACUAAACGAGGCUAUCGACGCCGUUGAGGCAAAGUGGCGUGAAAAGAAGCUUCCGAAAUAUGAGCGAAAAGCUCACGGUAUAUGGCAAAAAUCACGACGUCAUGGGACCAAGAACCUGCAAAUUCAGAGAGCGCAUGAAUUGGCCAAGCAUCUCAUCAAUCGCAUCCAAAAACUAUGCCAUGAAAUACAAAAGCAAGAUUGGACAUCGGAGUCAUCCUAUCGUGACGCAGCCAAAAGUCUCGAACAGAGUUUGGAGGACAAGCUGUAUCAGACGUGGCUAAUCAAGAUGCUUGAGUCCUCGAAACCGCCUCCAAAGCCACAAGGAGCUCAUAGACCAAAACCAACCACCGAGCGGCAACUCAACGAGCUUCUAGACGAUGAAGUUCUCACAAGCUCUGAUGAAGAUGAUUUCGUUGUUCCUGAUAGCCACACCGGCCUUGUCGAAGAGGGUCUGGGCCGAGAUCAGCGCUCACCAAUUCGCACUAUGAAGGAAGAACCAAUGGAUGCUGAGACUACAUUUGUAGACUUGACCCAGGACGACCUCGACGACCUCGACGACCGGGAUGGCUGUGAUAUGACUAACCCUAUUGAUCUGACCAGCCCAGCCAAGGAUACGAACAUGUGUUUUGUGGAAGAAACACAGAACGAAGCUCCCGAGACGCACACCUCAGAAACCGCCCUGCCUGAAUCUACCGUUCCUGGAGGCGAUGUGUCCGGAACUAGCCCCCCUGAGACCCAGGCUCCUGCCGGUCCCAUCAUGGAAAGCCGCGACCUUGAUAAACAACUCGAUGAGCUCCCAUUAGAAACAUCCCUAUGUCCUCGCAGCCUUACCAAUCUCGAACCUCCCCCCAUCGAGAAUUUUGGUGAUCUCCAAAAACUCGCCUCGGAAUCGCUCAAUAAACUAGCCAAGAACAGUGACCGUUGGCGGUUGUUGAUUGGCGAGAUGUGGCAGAUGGAACACGAGCGAAGAAAGGCAGCAGUCAAUCUGAUUUUGUCGGAGGAGCCUGGUGCCGUCUGGUCAAAACAUAUUGUACCCUACCUUGACGCAUUGGUACGGGGUAAGCAAGGAUCAAACGAGGAAGGCUCCAAGGGGGUUCUUUUUGAUGUUAUACGCCUUUGCCACUGUUUCUUCAUGUGCCAACACAAGACAGAAGAGCAUAUGUCGAGCAUGAAACCGGCAAAGAUCAAGAAGCAUCUCGUGAGACAACAGUCCAGAUUAAACAUGUUUGAGCCAUUCUACAUGUUUAUCAAGCUACUUGUGCCCCACUUUCCCCAAGACAGUCAGAUCUACAAGCAAGAAACAUACGUUCUCGGUGACCAUUUCCCAGAGGAAGAAGAUGACUUGGACAUCCUUGAUGAUCUGAGCGACAUCGACGCAGAGGCCGAUCGAGAUCGCCAAAGACCACGGCCAAAGGAGAUCAUUCGCGACAAAGCUGCAGUGGAUCUUCGCGAGCGAGAAAAACAAAGAAUUGAAGAGCAAGAACUUCGCAGAAGCAAAUUAAGAACAGCCCUUGCUUCGCAGCCCUUGGCCGCGGGGGACGGAAACCGCAUUAUCAUAAACGAAAGCAAAGAGGAAGACCAGGGCUUGAUCUACGUCAAUGAUCACAUUGCUCGUAGCAUCAAACAGCAUCAGGUCGAUGGUGUCCGCUUCAUCUGGAACCAGAUCGUGCGUGACGCCAGUGUUCGGCAAGGCUGCUUGCUUGCUCAUACGAUGGGACUCGGUAAAACGAUGCAAGUCAUCACUGUUCUCGUUGCUUUGGCAGAGGCAUCGGAAUCUCAAGAUCCAUCUGUAGUUGCUCAAAUCCCCAAAGACCUGCAAAAUUCGCGGACGUUAGUUCUUUGCCCAGCUGUACUUGUAGACAACUGGAUGGACGAAUUCUUGAAGUGGGCUCCAGCGAAUGCACUCGGCGCGCUACGCAAGUGCACGGCAAAUACGCCGGAACAUGAAAGGCCUUCUAUAGUCACAUCAUGGGCAUCCGGCAAAGGAGUCCUGAUUUUGAGCUACAAUAUGUUCCAAAUCCUUAUUGAGAUGUCUCCAGAACUGUCGAACCUUCUCAGAGAUCGCCCUGAUGUGGUUGUUUGUGACGAGGCACACUAUAUGAAAAACCGGGACUCAAAAACCAACAAAGCAUGUUCGCGCUUCCAGACCAAGAGCCGCAUUGCGCUCACGGGAUCACCUCUGUCCAACAAGUUGCUCGAGUAUUUUGCCAUGAUCGAUUGGGUCGCGCCCAACUUUCUUGGUCCAUACUCCGAAUUCCGUGAAAUUUACUCUGCUCCGGUGAAGCAAGGCCUCUUUCAUGACAGUACAACCGCCGAAAGGAGAGAGGCACAGAUGUUGUUAAAGGCACUCGAGCAGAUGGUAGCGCCAAAGGUCCAUCGCCGCAACAUAGUCGUUAUGAAAGGCGACUUGCCACCAAAGCAAGAGUUCAUCAUCUUUGUACCACCCACAGAGCCUCAAAAGAAAUUGUACCGAUUGUACAUGGAAGGUGUAUCUAGGGAUGGUGGCGGCACACCUGACACGCUCGCUGCUAUACCUCAUCUUGGGCUGAUUUGUAGUCAUCCCAAAUGCUUUCAGGCGAAGAUCUUGGAGAUCAUUCAAAACAAGAUCAUGUCGAAAGUUGGCGAGGAAACGGACAAGUCUUUCCCCAAGACCAUUAUUCCCGAGUUCACGGAGACGCUAGAAUCAUUUGGAGACUUGGACUCACCAGCAAUCUCUUGGAAGACGGAGCUCCUGACAACCGUACUUAACGAAGCACGCGAAGUCAAUGACAAGGUACUCGUUUUCAGUCAGUCUCUGAUCACUCUGGACUACCUUGAAGAUAUGUGUAAAAAUCAGGGAAGAACAGUGUCGCGAAUGGACGGCAAAACCCCGGUGGCAGUCCGACAACAACAAGUCAAAGACUUCAACCAGGGUAGCAAGGAGGUGUUCUUGAUCUCUACGGCUGCUGGUGGCGUUGGCCUCAAUAUUCAUGGUGCCAACAGGGUUGUCAUUUUUGAUAUCAGACACAACCCGUCUCACGAGCAACAGGCUGUGGGCCGCGCCUAUCGUAUAGGGCAGCAGAAGAAAGUUUUCGUCUAUCGGUUCAUGGUUGCCGGUACAUUUGAGGAUAAUCUCAACAACAGACAAGUAUUCAAGAUGCAACUUGCAUCGCGGGUAGUAGAUAAAAAGAACCCGAUCAGCUGGUCGAAGCGCAAAGGCGAUGUUGUAGCAGAGAUCAGAGACCGACCAGCAGCUGACCUCGUUCCAUACCUCGGCAAGGAUCCGAUUCUUGACAAACUCAUCAAGCUUCGAGAGAAUGGCGAGGCGAUCCGCUCCAUCGUAUCAACGGACACUUUUGAGGAGGAGGACCUGAACGCGACUCUCACCGAGGAAGAAAAUAAGGCGGUGACGAAGAUGAUCGAACUGAACCGACUUCGAGUUUCUAACCCAGAAGAGUAUGCCAGGAGAGCCAGGAGUGGCAUGUAUUUAACGGAACAGGCCCGGCUGCGUAGAGAACAAGAGCUGCCCCUUCACCCUACCCAGGCUCAGCCUGCGCACCAAUCGUUUGACGGAGCGAUGGAUAUGCCCGGCGACGCUCAGUUUCUGCCGGCCUCGUCAACAGCUACACGACACCAGUGGGAUCUACCAAGCAUCAACAGGCCGCCUGCCCUCCUUAAUCAGGGGUCAGCUCCCAUGCCAAUGACCGGCGCGAACACGUUUUUUCGUGGACAGUAUCAAACGGAGACACCCUCUACGCAACAACCAGUACCAAAUGCGACCUUUCGCGAACUUACACAACCGCUACCAUCCCCAAACCCAUCAGCUGGGUCGACGAGGAUCGCGCAAAUCACUAAUGUGUCGUCGAAUAACCCGCCAAACCGAGAGUCCAGGUCAACUCAAAGUCCUGCAUUGCUUUCACACCCCAGUCCCAUCUUUAAGCAAAACAGGAUGUUCAAUGUCAGGGCUGAGAUUCCCGCAAGGACUAAAUUCGAAAAUCGUCUACGGGAAAGCAUUGGAAACCUGCAAAAAUGCGACCUGUGGCCGAUGAGAGACUACACGUUUGAGGAUGCCAGAGCUCUGACUACCAGGAUAGACCGAAUCCGUGAGGAGGGUCGGUACGGCCUGCUGCCUGACAUGCAACAAUGGAAUAUGCUUAAUGAGUUCAUAUCACGCCAAAAAUUUGUGAUUGCCAUCAUCUCGGGCUACAUUAGCCCAGAGUAUGUGGCUCAGGCCACAGCAGAAGAUCUGGAGAAGCGAUUCGAGGCAAUUGGCGGAUUUAACGAAGCCGAGAUAUUUGCCAAGGCGCGCGAGAAAGCCAAGGACCCAGAUCCAAUCGUAGGAAACCCCGAUCGCAUCCCCCAGCAUCGGAUUGCCUCAAGUUGA